AUGGAUGCAUUGCCAGUGGUCCACUCAAGCCCUCGGAAGAAGAGAUCCCGGCUGAUGGGGGCCUCAGUGGCCUACCCUCCAUAUGACAUCAAGUUUCACAAUUUGGUUCUCUUUAUUUUGGAAAAGAAAAUGGGAAGCAGCCGCAGAGCCUUUCUCAUGGAGCUGGCCCGAAGGAAAGGGUUCAGGGUUGAAGAUGAACUCAGUGACUCCAUCACCCAUAUCGUGGCAGAAAACAACACGGGUUCAGAAGUUCUAGAGUGGCUUCAGGUCCAGGACAUAAAGAUCAGCUCACAGCUUGAACUUCUAGACGUCUCCUGGCUGGUUGAGUGUAUGAGAGCAGGAAAUCCGGUGGUGAUCACAGGAAAGCACCAACUUGUAAGUUACACAGUGAAAAGUGAUGCUUCAUUUGGAUCCAACCCAGGCUCCCAGAACACCCCACCACUUGCCAUAAAAAAGAUCUCCCAGUACGCAUGCCAGAGAAGAACAUCUUUAAACAACUGUAACCACAUAUUCACGGAUGCCUUAGACAUACUGGCUGAAAAUCAUGAGUUUCGAGAAAACGAAGUCUCUUGCGUGGCAUUUAUGAGAGCAGCUUCUGUCCUGAAAUCCCUGCCUUUCACCAUCAUCAGUAUGAAAGACACUAAAGGAAUUCCCUGUCUGGGGGACAAAGCAAAGUGUGUCAUAGAGGAAAUUAUUGAAGAUGGAGAAAGUUCUGAAGUUAAAGCAAUAUUAAAUGAUGAAAGAUACCAGUCCUUCAAACUCUUUACUUCUGUAUUUGGAGUGGGACUGAAGACAUCAGAGAAGUGGUUCAGGAUGGGCUUCAGAACCCUGAAUAAAAUAAUGUCAGACAAAACCCUGAAAUUAACAAGAAUGCAAAAAGCAGGAUUUCUCUACUAUGAAGACCUUGUCAGCUGUGUGGCCAAGGCAGAAGCAGAUGCAGUCAGUGUAUUGGUUCAAGAGGCUGUCUGGGCAUUUCUGCCUGAUGCCAUGGUCACCAUGACAGGAGGAUUCCGGAGAGGCAAGAAAUUGGGGCAUGAUGUUGAUUUCUUAAUUACCAGCCCAGGGGCAACAGAGGAAGAAGAGCAGCAACUUUUACCUAAGGUGAUAAACUUCUGGGAGAGGAAGGGGUUACUCUUAUACCAUGACCUCGUGGAGUCUACAUUUGAAAAGUUGAAACUGCCAAGCAGGAAGGUGGACGCUCUCGAUCACUUUCAAAAGUGCUUUCUGAUUUUAAAAUUGCACCUCCAGCAUGUGAACGGUGUGGGCAACAGCAAGACUGGGCAGCAGGAAGGCAAGAACUGGAAGGCUAUCCGCGUGGACCUGGUCAUGUGCCCCUACGAGCGGCGUGCCUUCGCCCUGCUGGGCUGGACAGGCUCCCGGCAGUUUGAGAGGGACCUCCGGCGCUUUGCCACACAUGAGCGGAAAAUGAUGCUGGAUAACCACGCUCUGUAUGACAAGACAAAGAGGAUAUUUCUCAAAGCAGAAAGUGAAGAAGAGAUUUUUGCACAUCUGGGAUUGGAUUACAUCGACCCAUGGGAAAGAAAUGCCUAGAAAAACAAGUUGUCCACUCUUUAAAAAAAACAAA